AUGAAGUUCAACUACGUGUGGGCAAUAUUUUGUUUCAUCUUACAUUCAAAAUUUUGCAAUGCAGAACUUGAUUCCGUUCUAGUUCUAGUGCAUCAUACAGAGAGUAAUCCUGACUUGGAUAUUUAUAAAGAGUAUCCACAUUUGCGUCGGACUUUGCACAGCAAUUUGCCGGAGGGUGCCAAGCAGUUGACAAUCGAAGGAAAACAGCAUGCUCUAAGAUUAGGAGCAGUUUUAGGUUCAACCUAUAGCAGUUUAAUUCCUCAAAUAACGAAUUUGUCGUUACCGAUUAACUUGCCCGUAAGCACCCUUAAUUUGAUAGCAAUGAACGCUACGAAGGCAGUCCAAACCGCCAAACUAGUGGGACUAGGAUUACACAUGCAGGACCAGAAGCUCGUCGAUAAAUUCGUCAGCGGUGGCGUAGAUCUUACCAAAAUGCCUGAAAUCGGAGUGGAUGUCGGUGCAUCAGAGACAUUGUCAAAUAUGUUCUUCGAUGCUUGGCGUAACUGUCCAGGGUACAUGGCGUCUUUUAAAAAACUGGAGAACUCGGCAUUCAGUCGUCUUGACUUCUCGACUCCAGCUUACCAAAAAAUAGAUCGUUACGCAGGGACUGCCACGAAUUUGGCCCAAUAUAGAAAUCUGUGGACCUAUUUCCGUGAGAAGAUGAAUACCCGGUAUUUGCCAGAAGUGUGGACACAAGCCAUAUUUCCUGAAGGAGAUCUGAAACGACUUAUGCUUUUAAACUAUGGACUUCACACAUGGACUCCGGAGAUGAGAUCAUUGUUUGGAACAAGAAUGCUGUUAGAAACCAUAAUGCGUGAUCACCCAAUGUUCCAUCAUACAGAAAGGAUAGGAGUCUACGUGGGUGACGAUAUGCACAUAGUCGGACUUCUGAGUGCCCUAAAGGCUUACGAUGAAGAGCACAUUCCUCAGUACGGUAGUCAUGUCAUAUUGGAGUUGCACAAAAUUGACGGGAAGUCGUAUAUCCAGAUAAAGUACCACAAAAGCGCAUCUGUGACCGCUCCACCUGUUCUACUGGAACUGCCCGGUAAAUCUUCAUCAGGAGGGUUGUAUCCUAUAUCCGAAUUUAAGGACACUGUGGAAGAACUUUACCUCCCUCAAUUGAAGCGUUUCUGUAAUGAAGUUUAGGAAUAGGGAACAUUCCUAGAAGCCCGAGCAGAUCAAAAACUCGCGGCGUCGUCUUCAAUCCACUUUUCAAUGAAUCAGGCAAGAAUAAUAUGUGUUUAAUUCUCUUUGUUCAAUGUUUUUGUAAUACAAUUCAGAGAAAACGCUAAUCUGUUCUUUUGGAAGAACAGAAGGUCAUUUAUUUGAAAAUUUAUGGUAUUAAAUCUGACUUGUAUAAAUUA